AGAUAGAGAUAGAGAUAGAGAUAGAAAGAGAGAGAGAGAGCGAGAGAGAGACAGAGAAAGAAAAGAGGAUACGAGCACCGUAGGUGGCUGUCUAGUCUGACUAGUAAUCGGACAGAUCUACGACACGAAGCCUACAGGACCUUUGUUCCAGCCGUGUCGCUUUCUUUUCUAACGUACGAAGCUGCUGCCACCAGACUCAAACGUUACAAGUAGAACAAAAAAAAAAACUCGAGAGACUAGAUUGGACAGUGAAAGCGGCAACCGCGAAUACACGCGCAUCGCACAAGCGGGCUGGGAUGAUUUCGUUCAGAACAUCUUCGACAGCGGCUGUUCUGCUCGCCCUGCUAAUAAGUGAACAAAGCUACGUAUUGUGCCAGGACGACAAGCGGCAGGAUCUUGUACCAUUCCCACGAAUCGGUAAACGCCAAGGUCUCAUUCCAUUCCCAAGAAUUGGCCGCUCCGUAGGUCAGCCAUCGGUUCUCAGCGGGCCGUCUGUAGGAGGCCCAACUGAGGAUGCUGCUAUUGGGACAGGGCUCGAUGAUGAUGAGAACAACUGGGAGAACGGCGCUGAUACUGCCUACAUGCUCGUACCCGAUUACAUGAAGCGCGGUGGCCAUAGCGCAUUCACACCGCGUAUUGAACGCCACAAGAGGUCGCUUGAUGUCGGCGGCUCCAUGAACGGUCUGGGUAGUUUCGGCCAGUCAUCCAUGAGGCGCCUACUCCCUGAGGACUUGCAAGCGUUGUUCCGACGUACGAUGCGACAGCUCAUUCCAAACCCUCGUGUGGGCCGGACGGAUGCCUUCGUGCCACGACUUGGCAAAAAGAGCUUGGAGGGCGUGAACACUCUCGGCGGACUUGGAGCAGCUAUCGGAGCUUUUGACGAAGACACAAACGAAGAGUUUAUGGUGAAGAGAGGUCCGUCGGCUUUCACCCCACGUAUUGGUCGUGCGGCGUUCACCCCAAGAAUCGGUCGUGCUGACCCUAGCACGGGCCAGCCACGAACGCUGCGUACAUUCACGCCCCGGAUUGGGAAGUAAGAAACAGACAACGAACGUCUAACAAGAGACAAUCGGAAACCAAAUGGAAAGAUGCGGAAAAAAUCGUUGCAACUACAUCAACGAAAAAUCUCAUAGAGGCUAAACAGUAGUUCCGGUAGGAACUGAGAGCUAAUGUGCACCGAAGAGGGCUGAAUCCAUCCUUUAUGCGGCAAUGAUAACACAAUGGUACAACCGUAAGUGGCGGUGCAUUGGAGAAGAUAAAGGAGAACGGCGAAGAUUCAACAAAUUCUCGACGAAUAACUUCUUGUAGGAAAACAUAGUAGCAAAAACUUAGUGUAGCAUAUCCAUCAGAAGUUACAUAAUCUGCAGAUCUUCUCCAUUGCGGCAGGUAUUCUAUUUCCCGUUUAUCUAGUUCAGAAUAAAGAAAAAAUCAAAGGUUUGCAUAAGCCACCUGGGCAUUUUAGAUCUUCGAAUAAGAGGUACAAUGAGUUUUCUGUAGUAUAAAAUAUAUUCAAAUCGGGAAAGAUUGCUUCAGUUACUCAUAAGACCCGCGAGUAAUUGAAGCGUCACCCUCAGCGGUGAAGCAAGAUACAUAUAUAUAUGUAUGUAUGUACAUGUGCAGUAAAGGAGUUUAAGAAAAAAUGUUAGAGUAGGUCACAAGUUGGUUACAAAUAUAGUGUUGAUUGCAGCAGAAAUCACCCCGGCGAACCCGGACCCACGCGGUUUAAGAUGGCGGCGCAGAACAGAAAAAAAAAGAGAAUCAACAGUUCUCUAUAUGUUGUAAAUAAUUUGUAGUAGUCCUGUAGUAGCAUUCGAUGUAUUUGAAAUAUAAUUCUCCCUUCUCUUUCUCUCCCCUCUCUUUCUCUCUCUCUCUCUCUCUCUCUCUCUAAUAUGGUAGACAAGAGCUGUUUGUCGUUUCCAAAAAUCCUUAAUUUAUCAGUCACUCAAUAUAACAGAUAAAUGUUGACCUCAGCGGCCAAUUUUUGUGUGAAAUUUACCAAAUUAGUUUCAACGCAGUUCACGUAAUCGUUGCUUGCUCCUAAUAA